UGUAUACAAAUUUGAUAGACAAAAAUGACAAACUAAAAGAAUAAACAUUAUAAACCGAAUAAAAUAAACAUUACAAACCAAUUUACAAAGAUUACAAACUAGGCCGACAAAAAUUACGAAAUCGUCGCCGCCAACAAAUCUGGCGAUGUCGUCGUCUCUCUCCUCCUCGACCGCUGUUGCCUCUCUCUCCUCCACGGUCGUCGUCGCUCUCGUCUUCUCUUGUCGUCGUUGUUCCUCACCGUCGCCGUCGUUGUUCCUCGGUGCCACCGCCGUCUCUCUCUCUCUUCUCCUCUACCGUCGCCGCUCUCUCUCCUCUACGGUCAUCAUUGCCUCUCUCUCUUCUCCUCUACCUCCGCCUCUCUCUCUCUCUCCCCAAACACUGAACACCGUCGACCGUCAUCUCUCACCGUCGUCGUCCCUCGCCGCCGUCGUCUCUAUGGAUCCAUCUCUUUCUCUCUCAUACAUUAAAAGGGAAUCUCUCUUCGCGUGCGACAACACAAGUGAGGGAAGGACUCCUUUUUUUUAAUUACAAAAUUAAAAUGUAUAAUUACUUUGUUGUCCUUCCUUAAAAUGAAUUAAUUAUAGCCUUAGGAUUUUAAUGAGCAUGGAAGGCUGAGAUUGACUUAGCCAAAUGACUAAGGGUUUCCCCUAGGGAUGACAAUCAAACCCAUGGUCGCGGGUAUCUGACCGCCCCCGACCCAGUCAACGCGGGGAAUCCCCGCUUUGACCGGGUAUGGGGCGGGUAUGGGUAAAACCCGCUUAAAGUUUGAUGGGUAUGGGGCGGGUAUGGUUUUAGCCUCCCCGCCCCAUACCCAUCCCCAUACCCACCCCACCAAGAUAAUUUCUUCAUAUAUAAAAAAAAUAUGUGCAUCAAAUUAUAAUCUAUCAAUGAUGAUGAGGAUAACUUGAGAAAAUAAAUAGUAGAAAUGCAA